AUGUCCUACACCGAUUCUCGUGGAUACACAUACACAUACACACAACGAACUACUAUCCUACAUCAUCGGGAUCCUUCUCCAAGAGAUUCGGAAUACUUGUACGAAACUCGCUCAUCCGAUUAUUACACCGGAUCUAGCGCAAAUAUGUCAGGACGUACAUCAAGUAGUGGAAAUGGUUCCGUUUCUAGAGGAAGUGGUGGAGAACAAUAUGUGAAGUACAGAGAUUCCGCUGCCGACAAUAAAUACAUUGAAGGAAAAACAUCACGAAGCGGGAAUGUUCACGUCAUCACUCACGGCGAUAGUCACAAACACUACGAUCCUGCGGAGCCGAGAGCCAGUGAGGGCAGAGAAUCAGACUAUAAAAAGACUUCCACUCGCGACGAGAGAGAGAAACUACGCCCGUCAGUACAUCGUGAAUCACGUCGUUGA